AUGGCCCUACUGUUUGCGGACUUUCAUGAAGCUCAGCGCGUUGGCUCUGGGCAUUUACUCGCGUCGUGUCUCAUACCAGUAGAAACUUUUCCAGACUCGCGUCGUUUACGCUCCUUUGCACAAUUGUCAAAUUACUCCACUGUCUCAGCCGACGUUCGCUAUCAUCUCUUUCAAUCACCCGAAAGCUCUUACCGGCCUCCUAAGAAUGAGGCCAAUGCGUGGAUUGACAUUUUCGUGGCAUUGUGGACCACCGUUAAGGAGCUCUAUGCAAUUGAAGACUCUCUCCACCAAGCAGGCUGGAGCCGGGUCUUCGAUGCAUAUAAAGAACUUACAAAUUUGCUCAUCCGAGGAUACUCUAACGGCUUUCAAGCUUGGACUGUACCGUGUUUAUACACGACUGGCAAAUACCUGAGAGCCUUCGCAAUAAAAGCAGAUGUCGAGACCAGGUCGCAGAAUGAGGACUCUUUUGGCAAUGGUUUCUCGGACGACAUUAUGGGUAACUUUGGGAAGAACGAAAAGCUGGAGCAAGCAGCCUGGGUCAUUAAUCGAAUGUUCACCACCUGUCUUAGUGAUAGAUCAGAGAUCACGCAGUCACGAAAGUGGGGAAUUUACAGUACAACCAAUCUAUUAUUCAAGACCUAUUUUAGAUUGAACUCUAUAGGUCUCUCGAAGAACGUCCUGCGUGCCUUGCAAGCGUCAGGAGAUGACAUCCCUCCACUCAAACUUUUUCCGAAGUCACACGUCGUGACCUUCAAGUACUAUCGAGGAGUGAUUGCUUUUCUCGAAGAGAGCUACACAGAGGCAGAAGAAUAUCUGACUGAAGCGUGGCGCUUAUGCCAUCGGGACGCCCAGAAUAAUCGAGAGCUCAUCCUCAGCUAUCUCAUUCCCUGUCACCUUCUAACUACUCACACCCUUCCAACAACCCAUCUCUUGGCACCAUAUCCUCGUCUCGAGGCUCUCUUCCGCCCCCUCUGUUCUUGCAUUAAGCGCGGCGAUCUAUCAGGCUUCGAUGCAGCCAUGUCAGCAGGCGAGCACGAGUUCGUCAAGCGACGCAUUUACCUUACUCUUGAACGUGGCCGCGACAUCGCGCUGCGCAACCUCUUCCGCCUAGUCUUUCUGGCCGGUGGCUUCGAAGAGGCGAAAGAUGGUCAGGCACCCAUUCGGCGGACAAGAGUCCCUGUCGCGGAGUUCGCUGCUGCUAUCCGACUCGGGAGCAAGAUUGAUGGCGCAGCCAGAGUCGACAUUGAUGAAGUGGAAUGCUUCCUCGCAAACCUGAUUUACAAAAACUUGAUGAAAGGAUACAUCGCCCGUGAUCGUGGCGUCGUAGUCCUCAGCAAGGGUGGUGCCUUCCCCGGUACUGGCGUCUGA